AUGGAGUCUUCCAACCACGAAGAUCCAUCCAGGAGCGAGCGUGAUGCAGCAAACACGGAUACAGUUGUCCAGAAUCUCCCAAUGCCCGGUAUAUCAUACUUUCACCCGAUCCAGCAACCUCCUCCAGGGACAUUUUUGAGCAUGUCUGACGACAGCCAAGCGCGGCCGAUUCUCUUCACGCCGAUCCAGAUACGGGAUGUCACAUUCCAGAACCGCAUCUGGGUUUCGCCCAUGUGCCAGUACUCGUCGUCAGAUGGGCUGUUAACUGACUGGCACGUGACGCAGCUAGGUAGUUAUGCCUGCAGAGGGGCGUCGUUGGUGGUUGUGGAGGCUGCUGGGGUCCUGCCUGAAGGCCGGACGACUCCAGAAGACGCGGGGAUUUGGAAGGAUGAACAGAUUCCCAGCUUCCGUCGCGUGGUCGAGAUGAUUCAUUCGCAAGGUCAAAAGGCCGGUGCUCAGUUGGCGCAUGCUGGCCGGAAGGGAAGUAUGCUGGCUCCGUGGCUUGGUCUGGGUCUGGCGUCCAAGGAGGCCAAUGGGUUCCUCGAGGACGUGGUUGCUCCCAGCGCCAUUGCUUAUGAUGCGGACCACCCUGUCCCUCGAGCGAUGACGGUCGAGGACAUUGAAAUCUGUGUUCAAGCCUUUGCCGAUGCUGCUAGAAGGGCCGUGGUGGCCGGAUUUGAUGUCAUUGACAUCCACGCCGCUCACGGGUACCUCAUCCACACUUUCUUGUCACCUGUCUCCAACCACCGAACAGACAUUUAUGGAGGAAGUUUUCAAAACCGCAUACGAUUCGCCAUUGAUAUUGUAAAGGCGGUGCGAGCAGCCAUCCCAGAAGGAAUGCCGCUGUUCUUCCGGUGUUCGGCCACCGAUUCCUUGGAGGAAGGCCGAGGUUGGGAGAUUCACGACACGGUGAAGCUGGCAAAGAUUCUCAAGGGCUGUGGUGUGGAUCUGAUAGAUGUCACCGGAUCAGGCAAGACUCAAAAGUAUACGUGCGUAGACGAUUUGCUGGCUAACUCGUAUCAAGCGCCACUGGCGGCGGACAUCAGAUCCCAGGUUCCGGAACUGUUGGUCAGCUCAGUGGGUAUCUUGCAACAGUCUGUUGUGGCGGAAAGGGUGUUGAGAGAUGGCUCGGCCGAUGCGAUCUUCAUUGGGAGGGAGUUCUCAAGAAACCCAAGCUACGUUCUUACGGUGGCCAACGAACUUGGAGUUAAGGUCAAAUGGCCAAUCCAGCUGCACCGAGCCGAGCCAUCGUACCGUAGCCGGCGUCUACUGAGCUUGUAG